AAACAAUUCGUUGUCUCCAACCGGCAAAAUGCCCAGGCCUAUGUUGGAUGUUGAUUAUGAGCAACAUAUCUUGAGAAGUUGAGAUCCACUCGUUUGCAUAGAUUUUACAUGAAAAGAAAGAAGAAGUUUUAAGAUCUGAGCGAUGGAAUCCUGGAGAAGGAAGAAGGAGAAGGGCAAGGCGAGGAAGUGCUUCCUCAGGAAUGGAAGCGUGUUUCUUGAGGAACUCAUCACCGACUGUAACGGAAUAUCGAACCCUAUCCGAAUGUUCUCUUCCGAUCAAAUCUCCGAGGCCACGAACCAAUUCGAUCCCAAGUGUUCUUUGGCUGACGAUGGAUGCUUCACUUAUUACAAGGGAGACAUCGAAGAUAGACCUUACACAAUGAAGAUGUAUACAGACAACGAAGAGGCGGCUUACAAUGAUAUUGUCUUGUCUGCUCGGGUAAGUAAUCACAGCUGUUUCCUCAAACUCAUCGGUUGUUGUCUGGAAUAUCCUCUUCCGGUGUUGGUGUUUGAAAACCUUGAAUAUGGAGCUUUGAACAGACGAGGAAGUGUUGGUUGCCACCACGACGGGCCGUUGUUGCCGUGGAACGUACGGUUGAAGAUUGCAAAGGAGGUUGCGAUUGCUAUAACUUAUCUUCACACUGCUUUCCCUAGAAUCAUUAUACAUAGAGAUAUCAAGGCAACAAAUGUUUUCUUGGACAAGAAUGGGAAAGCUAAGCUGUCUAAUUUAUCACUUUCAGUGUCACUCCCUGAGGGUAAGUCUUGGAUUGAAGAUCAAGUGGUGGGAACAAACGGAUACAUAGAUCCAGUUUAUUGCAUGACGUGCGUAGUAUCAGAAUACAUAGAUGUGUUCAGCUUUGGAAUCCUUAUGUUGGUUCUUCUAAUAGGAGACCCACCACAUUUGUAUGGAUCAGAUUUGUGUGGUCCAAAUGGAGAACGGUUUAUUAAUUGGAAGUUUCUUGAAUAUGUGAGGGAUCUGCAUGAGAGAGGAGAACCUAUUGAAUUUGGGGGUGAUCCCAACGACAUCAGGCCUGAUCAGAUGGAAAUGUUUCUCGAGCUGGCACUCAGAUGCUGCGAGGAGAGUAAUGAAGACAGACCAAAGAUGAUCAUGGUGGCAAAAGAGAUCAAUCUAAUAGAACAAGGAUCAUUUGAUUGUUCUGAGAUGCUGGAAAAUGAGACGAAUUGCUUACUCAAGCAUGGAAGCAUGUCCCAUCAGCAACUCAUUGCCGACAGCAAUCAAAUCUCAGAAGCCACGAGUCACCUCGAUCCCAAGUGUUAUCUCGGAAAAGAAGAAGAAGAAGAAACUUUAAGAUCUAAGCUAAUGGAUUUCUGGAGGAGGAGGAAGAAGAAGGGCAAGGCCAGGAAGUGCUUCCUGAGGAAUGGAAGCAUGUUUCUUGAGAAACUCAUCGCCGACUGUAACGGCAUAUCGAACCCUAUCAAAAUGUUCUCUUCCGAUCAAAUCUCCAAGGCUACAGAUGAUCCCAAGUGUUCUAUCCUUGAUGCUUCAACAUACUUCACCUGGUACAAGGGCGUCAUCGAAGGCAGACCUUACUUGAUCAAGAUAUGUACAAGGGAAAAUAUGGGUUACAACGACACCGUCUUGUCAGCUCGGGUAAGUAAUCACAGUGGUUUCCCCAAACUCAUAGGUUCUUGUCUCGAAUAUCCUCUUCCGGUGUUGGUGUUUGAAGACCUAGACGACUAUAGAGUUUUGAACGAGAGAGGAAGUAUAGGCUCUGAGGACGCACCGUUGUUGCCGUGGAAUGUUCGUCUAAAGAUUGCGAAGGAGGUUGCGAUUGCUAUAACUUAUCUUCACACUGCUUUCCCUAGAAUCAUUAUACAUCGACAUAUAAAACCAACAAAUGUUUUGUUGGAUAAGAAUGGGAAGGCUAAACUCACUGAUUUCUGGCUUGCCGUAACACUUCCUGAGGGUAAAUCGUGGAUUGAAGAGCCUAUAGCUGGAACUAUCGGAUACCUAGAUCCCAAUUACUACAAGACGAACAUAGUGACAGAAUACUCAGAUGUGUUCAGUUUUGGAACCCUUAUGUUGGUUCUUCUGGCUGGAAGACCACCAAUUUUGAAUGGAGCAGAUGGCGACUUGGAUCUAUCUGAUAAUAUUGUUGAAUAUGUGAAGGAUCUACAUGAGAGAGGAGAACCUGUUGGAGUCGGGGGUGAUUCCUACGACAUGAAUCCUGUUCAGAUGAAGGUGUUUCUCGACCUGGCACUCAGAUGCUGGGACAGGAGGAGUGAAGACAGGCCAAAGAUGAUCGUGGUGGCAAAAGAGAUUAAGCUCAUAGAAAAAGUACCAUUCGAUUGUUCUCAGAUGCUGGAAAAUGUGUCUGAAGAUGGUCAGACUAAACAUUGAGAUUAUGCUCCUCAUACCAGGGUUGUGUACUAUUUUAUUGUUUCUUAUCUUUUCUUGUAUAUGUUUCGGUGCAAAAACUUCAUUUUGGAUUAAGAAAAGACUUUAGAUGGUAAAUAUAGUAAGUAAGGGGCUUUUGGCAUGUAUCCGGUCAGAAAGUUUGAUACGCUUUUGUACUAUGUUCUACCUCUCGGUGGUCUGUUAAGCUUAUAUGUACGAACUUCUCAUGACGUUUCUAAAUGCAUCUCAUACUAUUUCUGCA